CCCCGGAUUCCGCACCUGGGGGCUGGAGGAAUUGCGGCGGCGGCAGGAUGCUCGCGCCGUCGCUUCGAUCCCCGGCUCCCCAGCAGCAGCGGCGCCGGUCAGAGCAGAGGCAGAGCAGAGGCAGCGCGCGCGGCUGCCCCCGAUGGAGCCGGGCCCCGCUGGGCCCCCGGGCCGGGGACUGCGCCGCGGGCGGCGGCGGCUGCUGCUGCUGGCGGCCGGGCUGAGCUGCACCGUGCUGGCCCUGUACAUCUGCCUGCAGGAGCUGCCCCCGCUGGACGCGGGGCCCGGCCGGAGUCGGACGCGGCCCCCGCCGGAGGUGACCGUGCUGCUGUGGUGGGAGCCCUUCGGCCACCGCCGCCAUAUGGCCGACUGCCAGCGGCGCUUCAACAUCAGCGGCUGCCGGCCCAGCGCCGACCGCAGCCGCUACCAGGAAGCGCAGGCUGUGAUCUUCCACCACCGGGACUUCGUCCUCCACGGCCUGGGCCAGCUGCCCGCCGGGCCCCCGCAGCGCCCCCCGGCCCAGCGGUGGGUGUGGAUGAACUUCGAGUCCCCCUCGCACUCGCCCGGGCUCAGGGACCUGGCUGGCAUCUUCAACUGGACCAUGUCCUACCGGGUGGACUCGGACAUCUUCGUGCCCUACGGGUACCUCCGUGCCAGGCGGGGAUCCCCGCGCUUCAGCCUGCCCCGCAAGACCAAGCUGGUGGCCUGGGUCAUCAGCAACUGGAACGAGGCGCAUGCCAGGGUGCGCUACUACCACCAGCUGAGGAAGUACGUCCCCAUCGACGUGUAUGGGGCACAAGGACUGGCGUUAGAGGAAGGCAGCAUGGUCAGGACCAUCUCCCAGUACAAGUUCUACCUGGCCUUUGAAAACUCCCAGCACACCGACUACAUCACCGAGAAGCUGUGGCGGAAUGCCUUCAAAUCCAGCGCUGUGCCCAUCGUGCUGGGCCCUCCCAGGUCCAACUACGAGCUUUUUAUCCCACCCGACUCCUUCAUCCACAUCGACGACUUCCCCAGUCCUAGGAAGUUAGCCAUCUACCUGAAAUUCCUUGACCAAAACAAACCCCUCUACAGGCGGUACUUCGCCUGGAGGGACAAAUAUGAUGUUCAUAUGACUUCGUUCUGGGAUGAGCAAUAUUGCAAGGUUUGUGAGGCUGUCAGGACAGCUGGGGAUCAACUCAAGACCAUACAAAAUUUGGCCAGCUGGUUUGAAAGCUGAUAGUGUUGGUUGGGGAGGUUUUCUUUGUUGGCUUUUCCUGAGGAUGCAGUACAGUCAAACCAAGGCUUAAAAAGCACUGGUUUUCAUGGGGUCACGCACCCGGCCAAAAAAAAUAGAAGAUUUCAGAAGUGUGUCUGAGCUGUCGCUUGAGAGGCAGGAUUAAAAAUGUGGGUGAACAGACCAUCAGACCGCUAUAUGUUUGUUAUGAACUUAUGCAAUUCCAUCUUUGGGCUAUGACAGACCCAGCACUUUCUCAAGAACUUGAUUAUCUGGUCAUCCAGAGCUGAAACCCUAAAUGCAGUACAGUGUUAGAAUCAUAGAAUAUUAGGGUUGGAAGAGACCUCAGGAAGUCAUCUAGUCCAAUCCCCUGCUCAUAGCAGGACCAACACCAACUAAAUCAUCCCAGCCAGGGCUUUGUCAAGCCGAGCCUUAAAAACCUCUAAGGAUGGAGAUUCCACCAUCUCCCUAGGUAACCCAUUCCAGUGCUUCACCACCCUCCUAGUGAAAUAGUGUUUUCUAAUAUCCAACCUAGACCUCCGCCACUGCAACUUGAGACCAUUACUCCUUGUUCAGUCAUCUGCUACCACUGAGAACAGCCUAGAUCCAUCCUCUUUGGAACCCCGCUUCAGACUUUCCGGUUUGGCCAAUGUAUAUGGCAGCGGGACAUUGCUGACACAUGAUGGCAUAUAUCACAUUAGUAGAUGUGCAGGUGAAUGAGCCCCUGAUGGUGUGGCUGCUGUGGUUGAGUCCUAUGAUGGAUACAAACUAACAUGGCUACCCCUUUGAUACUAAGUCUAAGUAAGUCUACUGAAACUAAGUGCAUUCCUGCCCUGUAUGAAAGUGAAGAAGAGACCUAGGGAAAGGAGAAGAAGAGCUCUUCCAUCUUUGCUUUAUUCAGGAAUCAGAAUGUGUUUAAAGGAGUCUGCAUGUUUUUCUCCGCAACAGUACUGCUACACAGAAAAGGGCAGGGGAGGGUUCAGAACAAUGCAAAAUUUGUUACUUCAGCCAAAACAUUUAUGAAAAGGUUAAUUUAUUUCUAUAUUAUUAGAAAUUCUUAUAUAAUGAUUAAUCUGGGCUUGCAACAUGAAUUUUAAAAAAGUCUAUCAGGUGGUAGAAUUCAAAAUGCUGUUUUGUGGUACAUUGUAAAUAUAAUUCUCUUUCUUAUAGAAAAACAUUAUGGAAAACUAGGUCAAAGCUAUAUUUUUAAAAUGUUUGAUACUAAGAAAGAAUGCAAAUAGAAGAGCACAGAGUUCUAUUAUUUAUUGAGUUUAUUUUUCUGAUACCUUUAUUCCAUCUUUUUGUUUUGUUUUUAUUUGUUUAGAUAAAAUGAGGUCCCUAGGCUAGAAACUUUCUUAGACAGUUCCUGUUAGUGCAGUGGGUCCCAACCCUUUCAUGCAACUGUGCCAGUUUGCCAGACUAAGAUUUUGCCAUACCAGUCAGUGUUUUCUACCUCUUAGUUAUUUGCCACCUCCAGUGUCUGCAUGCUUUCUAACCCACAAAGGACCUUGGGCGGCUCCACUCUGGUAUUUCAGGUGUCCAAGCUUUAUUGCAGGUUAAAGUGCACACAGUUGAAUGGGAAGCAGACAGUUGCUACACACUAGAGUGCAAUACAGACAAUUAUGGGCCUCCUUCGGCAACCCAUGGACCUCAGUAGGAGUACGAUUGGGUCAAAAGGAAGGGACGGGGAGAGAAGAGGACCAGUUGGAAAGAAUGAGGUACUAGUAUAUGUAAGUUUACCAGCAUCGUGGACCAGUGUUUAGAAGAGGUUUUGACUUGACUGAACUAUUACAUGGCCGGUUGCUAGUUUUGAGAUUCAUUUGCUGUCAGCAGACUAUAAUUUACUUUAAAUCAGUGAUUCCCCAUGGCUAGGUAGUGGUCAAGUGACACUUCUGUACAUUGUAGAAAAAACUUAUAAUAAUAAUAAAACUGUGGUGCAUGAGCCACUUGCUGGUGGUCAGGUCACACUGCUGGUUCCCAUCUGUAUUUCUGGUUGUUAAAGUUUCAGUAAAAUGCAGCUAAAAGCACUACAUAUUCUUUUCUGAUCUUACUCUUUGAUAUUGGCAAUUGCCACAGUUUAUGCAGUGAUAUUAUAUGAUUCUGAAUGGGAAUGAAGUUGGUCUGCACAAUUGGGAGUGGGAUGGGAGGGUUUGUGAGACUCAUUAAAAUGUGGUCCACAUCAUGGAAAAAGUUAGAGAACCACAGUUUAGAGUGAUAAUCUAAAGUUCUGAUUUAUCAUUUAUUGCAUAAAUCGUAGGGCUGUGGAUUAAUCACAGUUAACCCAUGCGAUUAACUCAAAAAAAUUAAUCAAUUAAAAAAUUAAUCACGAUGAAUCGCAGUUUUCAUUUCAUUGUUAAACAAUAGAAUACCAAUUGAUAUUUAUUAUAUAUUUUGGAGGCUUUUCUACAUUUUCAAAUAGUAUUCUGUGUUGUAAUUGAAAUCAAAGUGUGUAUAUUUUUGAUUACAAAUAUUUGCACUGUAAAAAUGAUAAAAGAAAUAGUAUUUUUCAACUCAUCUCAUACAAGUAUUGUAGUGCAAUCUCUUUGUUGUGACAGUGCAAUUUACAAAUGUAGAUUUUUUUUGUUACGUAACUGUUUUGUUUUUGAGUGCAAUGUAAAACUUCAGAGCCUACAAGUCCAUUCAGUCCUACUUCAAGUUUGUUUACAAUUAUGUGAGAUAAUGCUGCCCUCCUCUUAUUUACAAUGUCACCAGAAAGUGAGAACAGGCAUUUGCAUGGCACUUUUAUAGCAGGCAUUGCAAAGUAUUUAUGUGCUGAUACACUAAACAUUUGUAGGCCCCUUCAUGCUUCAUCCACCAUUCCAGAGGACAUGCUUCCAUGCUGAUGACGCUCGUUAAAAAAAUGUGUUAAUUAAAUUUGUGACUGAACUCCUUGAGGGAGAAUUGUAUGUCCCCUGUUCUGUUUUACCCGCAUUCUGCUAUAUAUUUCAUGUUAUAGCAGUCUCGGAUGAUGAUUCAACACAUGUUGUUCAUUUUAAGAACACUUCCACUGCAGAUUUGACAAAGUGUAAAGAAGGUACCAAUGUGGGAUUUCUAAAGAUACCUACAGCACUCGACCCAAGGUUUAAGAAUCUGAAGUGCCUUCCAAAAUCUGAGAGGGACAUGGUGUGAAGCUUGCUUUCAGAAGUCUUAAAAGAGCAACACUCUGAUGCGGAAACUACAUAAGCAGAAUUACCAAAAAAGAAAACCAACCUUCUGCUGGUGGUAUCUGACUCAGAUAAUGAAAAUGAAUAUGCGUUGGUCUGCACUGCUUUGGAUUGUUAUCGAGUAGAACCCGUCGUCAGCAUGGAUGCAUGUCCCCUGGAAAGGUGGUUGAAGUAUGAAGGGACUUAUGAAUUCUCUAGCGCAUCUGGCACGUAAAUAUCUUGCAACACUGGCUACAACAGUGCUAUGAGAACACCUAUUCUCCCUGUCAAGUGACGUGAACAGGAAGCGGGCAGCAUUAUCUUCUGCAAAAGUAAACAAACUUGUUUGAAUGAUUCGCUGAACAAGAAGUAGGACUGAGUGGAUUUGCAGGCUCUAAAAUUUUACACUGUUUUGUUUUUGAAUGCAGUUUUUUUGUACAUAAUUCUACAUUUGUAAGUUCAACUUUUAUGAUAGAAAUUGCACUUGCAGGAUAUGGCUUGAUGGGCUUCUUUGAGCAUCCAAAUACAAACCUGUAUGCCCAUGACUGAAACAUUCUGUUUUUAAUCACAACAUGUUGAAUUCUAUUUAUUAAAAAAAUAAAUGUAGAUGAUCAUAUUGUGGAAUAUAUUUUGCAACAUUGCCAGCCUUGCCAAGUUUUUUCUAGUGUGAAAGA